CUCUGAAUUAUUGGAAAUUUUUCACAUGUGACCAGUACAGGCGUUUUCCGAUGUGGUUUCUUCCUCCCAUUGUCCAGUAGAACUCCAUUUAAAUAAUCGCAAAAUCGUCUCCACAGAAACGAAUUCAUUCUUCAGUCAGAAAUCUGCAUGGGUGGGUUGGUCGGGUAUUGAAGAGACAGACCAUUCACUCUAAUCAUCACCAUCAGCGCCUCCUUCUCAUCAGGUGUUGGCACUUUUGGUAAGGUUCUAGCAAUGGACGACCUUGCCAGUAGUCGCACUACUCGUGUUCUCUUUUGCGGGCCCCAUUUCCCCGCAUCUCACAAUUAUACAAGAGAAUAUGUGAAAGGUUAUCCAUUUAUAAAGGUUGACGAUGUUUCCCUUGACAACGUGCCUGCUGUGAUUGGAGACUAUGAUAUCUGUGUUGUAAAAAACAUGAAACUAAAUUCUGAUCUCAUCUCUAGUGCAAAGAGGAUGAAACUUAUAAUGCAGUAUGGAGUUGGGCUGGACGGUGUUGACAUCAAUGCUGCCUCAAACCAUGGGAUUAAGGUUGCUAGAAUCCCUGGGGGUUUAACUGGAAAUGCAACUUCAUGUGCUGAAAUGGCCAUAUAUUUGAUAUUGGGCCUAUUGCGUAAACAGCACGAAAUGCAAACUGCUAUAGAGCAGAAAAGGCUUGGAGAACCAAUUGGUGAGACCCUCCUAGGCAAAACGGUCUUCAUUAUGGGAUAUGGCAAUAUUGGGAUUGAAUUGGCAAAACGAUUGAGGCCAUUUGAUGUGAGAAUACUUGCUACGAAACGGAGUUGGCCAUCACAUUUGAAUAACUCUAAUGGGACAAAUUCAGUACACAUAGCGAAUUGCAUUGAUGGUGACCUGGUAGACGAAAAGGGAAGCCAUGCUGAUAUUUUGAAAUUUGCUAGAAAAGCCGACAUUGUUGUCUGUUGCUUAACCAUGAAUGUGGAAACUGCUGGGAUAGUGAAUGAUGAUUUCUUAUCUUCAAUGAGAAAGGGUGCUAUGCUGGUUAAUAUAGCUCGGGGCGGAGUCUUGGAUUAUGAUGCUGUUUUUAAUCAUAUGAAAAGUGGACACUUGGGAGGUUUAGGAAUGGAUGUUGCUUGGACUGAACCAUUUGAUCCUGAAAAUGCCAUUCUAAACUUUCCAAAUGUCAUUCUCACACCCCAUGUUGCAGGCGUCACUGAGUUGUCAUAUAGGAGCAUGGCCAAGAUUGUAGGAGAUGUUGCUCUUCAGCUUCAUAAAGGGUCACCAUUUACUGGGAUAGAAAUUGUGAAUUAGUAAAAGUAAAGACCCCCACAAGUUUUUGUCAUCGCAUUACUUUUCUGAAAGAGUUUUGCAUCAACUUUUUUCAAAGUUGUAUGCAAUGUUUAGGACAGAUUCUUGCAUAGCUGCUUCCAUUUUUACUGGCAUAUGGCGAUGAAGCCCAGCAAAGACAUAAUAGUGGAUGAAUUCUAUGUUCAAGUAUUUGUUUUCUUUGCUAGAGUCCUAUUACAUGCACCUUUGCCUAGGGUGAUCAUCCAAUAAGGAAGACUUGGUUCGUUCUUCCAUUCCUAUUUUCAAUUUUCAAAGAUUAACUUGCUCAUGAUAUUUGAACAAUGUUUACUUAUUAAACAAUUCGAGGGCAUGCGUGCUCGUGUUUGUCACGUGUGGGCGAUGAAGCCCAGCAAAGACAUAAUAGUGGAUGAAUUCUAUGUUCAAGUAUUUGUUUUCUUUUUUGUUCUUGGUAAUAAAUUAAUGUGAAAACGGCUUAUCUGUUUUAA